AUGGACGCCCCUGCACCACGAUCCUCCUCGCGCCCGAGACCCUCCUCUCGCCCCACGACCCCUUUGCGACCGAGCUCGCGCUCCUCGCUCCGGGAAGCUCAUGGCUAUGGUCACAGCAUCAGCCAUGCCGGAUACAAUCAACCCGCCAUCAAUGCCUUGGAGCCGCAGUUUGCAGAACUCGCCGACUCCAUGGCGGACCUGGAGGCUAAUUUCAUGCAUCUACAGCUGAUGCACGAGAGUUUGACGCGGUUUAGCGAGAGCUUCGCUAGUUUCUUGUACGGCAUGAAUAUGAACGCGUUUUGCGUGGAUUUCCCAGAGGCUCCAAUCACCGACUCUUUUAAGAGAGCCAAGCAGGCUGAGGCUCAAAAAGGUAUGCAGAGCAGCGCACCGGAUGGAGGCCGACUCACUUACAACCCUUACACAGAGGCGGAAAAUGAACCACCCCGACCGGAUGAUGGCGAGAUGACUUUCUUGACCACGGACACUUCCUUUGUCGAGCACCCGCCCAGCACCGUCUCCUCGAAACCAACAUCGAGAUAUACCGCUCCCGGCCGGGGAACCACCCGGGGGACAACUCGAGGUGGUACGACGAGAGGUACUGCAAGAGGUUCUGCAACAGGUACCACGCGAGGCUCGGCGACCAGCCGGGACUCGGCCAUUGGGAUGGAUGGUUCGAGGAGCACACUGCUAGACGGUGCUCCGGCAAUUUCUCCGGACGUGAGAAAUCAUCCAACAAAGCCGGAUGGUGCUGGCUAUGCUCCGUAG